UUGUGUGUGUGUGUGUGUGUGUGUGUGUUUUAAAGGCUCUCUUACAACUAAUGUCUUUUAACGAUCCAAGAGUCGGGAAGAGAAUAGGGUAAUAAGAUGCAUGAAGUUUAGGACGAGUUGAUGCCUUUGGAUGCACUUGAAGUGUUAUCUUUAAAGCAAUCGAAAUCAUAGGAGUGUUUGUUUCCCCUCCCCACUGGCUGGAAUGGGAAAAUAAGAAUCUCCUUGGACUGGAGUCCUCCGGGCUAGGAAGUGAAAGCCCCGGAGGCAGAAAGGGACGGAGAGGAGGGGUUUGCCCAGAGCAUGGACGGGAACAGAGAAGGGGUUCUGCGGGGCUCAGCGCGCACUGAGGAUCGGUGCCCGGGGCUGCAGCUGCGGACGAGAAGGGCGCUGUCUGGCUGAUGAAGGCCACCUGGGUCAGGCUUCUGAAACGCGCCAAGGGAGGAAGGCUGAAGAAUUCGGACAUCUCUGGUUCGGCAGACUCCUACACCAGCCGUCCCUCCGAUUCAGAUGUUUCUUUGGAGGAAGAUCGGGAGACGGUGCGCAGAGAAGCACGACGACAGGCCCAGGCCCAGCUGGAGAAAGCAAAGACAAAGCCCGUUGCAUUUGCAGUCCGGACAAAUGUCAGCUAUAGCGCAGCCCAUGAAGACGACGUCCCAGUGCCAGGCAUGGCCAUCUCAUUCGAAGCAAAAGAUUUUCUGCAUGUUAAGGAAAAAUUUAACAAUGACUGGUGGAUAGGGCGAUUGGUUAAAGAAGGCUGUGAAAUCGGAUUCAUUCCAAGCCCAGUCAAGCUCGAGAAUACGAGGCUGCAGCACGAACAGAGAGCCAAGCAAGGGAGGUUCUACUCCAGUAAAUCAGGAGGAAAUUCAUCAUCCAGUUUGGGUGACAUAGUACCUAGUUCCAGAAAAUCUACACCUCCGUCAUCUGCUAUAGACAUAGAUGCUACUGGCUUAGAUGCAGAAGACAAUGAUAUUCCAGCAAACCACCGCUCCCCUAAACCCAGUGCAAACAGUGUAACGUCACCCCACUCCAAAGAGAAAAGAAUGCCCUUCUUUAAGAAGACAGAGCACACCCCUCCUUAUGACGUGGUCCCUUCUAUGCGACCUGUGGUCCUGGUGGGCCCCUCUCUGAAGGGGUACGAGGUCACAGAUAUGAUGCAAAAGGCAUUGUUCGAUUUUUUAAAACACAGAUUCGAAGGGCGGAUUUCCAUCACAAGGGUCACCGCUGACAUCUCGCUGGCCAAACGCUCUGUCUUGAACAAUCCCAGUAAACAUGCCAUAAUAGAGAGAUCCAACACAAGGUCAAGUUUAGCCGAAGUUCAGAGUGAAAUUGAAAGGAUUUUUGAACUUGCAAGAACAUUGCAACUGGUGGUCCUUGAUGCAGAUACUAUUAAUCAUCCAGCCCAGCUUAGUAAAACCUCUCUGGCCCCUAUUAUAGUGUAUGUCAAGAUUUCUUCUCCUAAGGUUUUACAAAGGUUAAUAAAAUCUCGAGGGAAAUCUCAAGCUAAACACCUCAAUGUUCAGAUGGUAGCAGCAGAUAAGCUGGCUCAGUGCCCUCCGGAGCUGUUCGACGUGAUUCUGGACGAGAACCAGCUGGAGGACGCCUGCGAGCACCUCGCCGACUACCUGGAGGCCUACUGGAAGGCCGCCCACCCGCCCUGCAGCAGUGGCCCCGACCCUCUCCUCAGCCGGACCUUGGCCACCUCGACCCUGCCCAUCAGCCCUGCUCUGGCCCCCAGCUCACAGGCUUCUCAAGGGGAUCCGAGGACCGAUCGCGCGGCUGCCACCCAUUCUGCUUCCCAAGCUGAAGAAGAACCCUGCCCAGACCCAGUCAAGAAACCCCAGCACCACAGCCAUCGCAGCGGGGCCAGCCGCGGCCUCUCCAGGCAGGAGACCUUGGAUUCAGAAACGCAGGAGAGUCGCGACUCCGCAUACGCGGAGCCCAAGGAAGAUUAUGCCCACGAACAUGCAGACCACUGCGCCCCGCACCGAGAUCACAGCCACAGAGAGGAACCCCACGGGGGUGGGGAACGCAGACACAGGGAGUCUCGGCACCGCUCCCGGGACCCGGAUCGAGAGCAGGACCACAACGAGGGCGACAAACAGUGGAGCCGCCACAAAUCCAAGGAUCGCUGCUGUGACAGGGAGGGGGAAGGGGUGUCCAGGAGACGGCAUGAGGCUGGGGACUGGAACAGGGAGGUUUACAUCCGCCAGUGACUUUUGCCCUUUUGUGUCGUUGGUUUUCUUAUUUUUAAGUAAGUCUUGUAUACCACCACCCUCCAACUCAAUCUUGGGGGGUCUACGUUGCAAUCAUAUGUGAUCUGUCUUGUAUAUUUUGUACUGCUGUUGCUUGGAUAGCAACAGCAUGAAAUAGAGUAUUAAUAUACUUUUUAUUUUCCUUUUGUAAGUAAGUGCUAUAUAAAUUCGCCUGGAAAGGCUGCAGUCCUCUGGUUGUCUACUGCACUUUGAAAACGGUCUAGGAUCGCUGCCACUUGAACAAUAUCAUCUGUUGCCAUCCAGGUGGCAUCAGGAUUUUAAGAAGCAUAGCUGAUGUUUUCAAAAAUGUGGUUGAUGUAUCCAGCGGGCCAGAAUCAAGCGGCCCACGUAAAAAGUGGAACUUCUUGGUUCUCCCGACCUUUAAUAUGUAGGCGCCCGAUUUGCAUAGUCAUCCGUGGACCACUGUUUCUCGCUUGUACCUCUGGCUGACUGACUAAACUUGGGGACAGACUGUCUUGCCUUACACCAAGGGGAUCAAAGUCAGAAUCUAUUUUCUAUGUACUAGCAUUGUGUACUGUAUAGACAGUUUGUAAAUGUUAUUUCUGCAAACACCUUCUUAUGAUAAUUAUAUAAUUAUUUUUUAUAUAUAUAUAUAUAUAUACACACACAUAUAUAUAUAUAUAUAUAUAUAUAUGUAUCAGUUUGAUCGCACUAUUUCAGAGUCUUAAUGCCAAGCCAGCAGAUCUGCUUUCUGAAUUACAGGGACUAGAAAUGCCCACCUUCAGGAAAUUUGUAAUAACGUCGUCUAGACACCUAUUCCCGUUCUAGUAGAGAGUCUGUACAUACUGUAAAUACGUGUGACUGCCUGACUUGAAAAGGUUUGAUUUCUGAAUGUUCCUCCAUCCCUGUACGUUAAUCAUUGUGACCAUAAAUUCUGGGAAAUAUAACCAAACUCCAAGGGUUGCUCCGCUCCGUGCCGUUCACACUGAUUGUGACGGCCACGUCCUGCGUAGCCAGUGUCUCAGGUCACGGCCCUGGAGUCUGGGAGCCGCGUGCACACGAGCCAGUGACGGGCGUGCAUGCUGACAACAGCGGCGGCCAGCCCAGGGCCGAGGCGUCCACCUGCCUGGCUCCGCGGCUCGCUGCGCCGCUGUGGCCCGCCGAGCCGUCAGGGGCCAGGAGGGCACGCGCCGCCAGAGGGGACGCCCCGGAGAGCUGCCCCCCGCUGGCUCCUGGAGAGGGGCCACACGGGCCACUGUGAUGAGUGUUUCACUGGAAAUGUCCGACGACCUCUCGUCUGAGAGAGAAGCGUUUACACAGAUGCUCCCGACUCCCCCCAUCUCCUCACCUCGCCUCGCCCGCCGUGCCCGUUGUGUUCCCCCCGCUCCGACACUUUCACUGUCCGUCACAACCUCGAAGUGCUUCUUAUAACCAAAGCUUCUGCUCUUCGCAAGAAAUCAGGGCAAAAGGAGGUGACUUGAAGUGAACGAGACGUUGAGGUUUUCCUGCGUCGGACACCUGCUCUGAGGGGAAGCCAGAAGAUGCUGUGGCCCUGCGUCAGGGACACCGCCCAACGCGGCCCACGAGGUGGUGGUCACGCUGAGCCUGAAACCUUCCCUGUCUCUCCUAAGUGUCCGUCUGUCCAGUUAAGACUGGACAGGUAAGACAGACAGUAUUAGGCGUGCAAGUACCUGGCACUUGAAGUCUGUCCCUGGAAAACGCCUGUCUUGACUGCCUACCUUCAGACCUGGACAUUAAAAAUUAUUAUUUUGUUAAAUAAGUUAAGCUAUUUUUUGUUUCGCUUCUUUGAUUAUUCCAGGUUCUUGCCAAAUAUAUCUUGGACCUUUAUAAGUACAACUGUUUCACAUCUAACUCCUUAUUCCUCUCCCCCAAAGAAAACUCAGAGUUGUAAAAAUGAGUUAACAUAUACAGUGUUUUAUCAGCUAAUAUAGGAACCAUUUCCCUCAAUCUCUUUGUUAAUUAGCUCUGUGCUGUUGACAUACCUUUAUUUAUUGAAUAUAAGAACAGUAGGCAUAAUAUAUAAAUUUUUGAUGUAAAAUAUUCACAUCAUUGGGAAACCGUAUUCCAGCUAAAGUUACUUUUAUAAAAUACUUCCAGUCAGCUGUCCAUCACGGUACCACAUCAAUGAUCGCCAGCCCCGACCCUUCCUAUACGAAGUUUCAUCCCAGUUCAUGGCUUUGGAAUGUGUAGAUUCUUGAAGUCUAACUGGUAUGUAUCUUCUUUGCUGCUACCAUUAAUCCCUUUCAAAGAAUCACGCUAACGGAUUCCAUUUUUUAAAUUCUGACCUGGACUCUUCGUUUCUCACUUUACUGUGAAACACACUAGUCCAAAUCAGAGUAUUCCGCAAAAUCUCUGUUGCAGGAUUUGACAAAAGAGCACGCUUAUGUGAAAACUGUAGAGUGGGCAUAUGUGUAAACGGUGUGGACUAAAUAUGUAACUGAAGAAAUAAUCCCAAGGACCAUGGGAUAUUCACUGACUUGUGGAAUGUAAAAUUCUAGUCUUUUCACACAGCAAAGGUUUAAUCUUAACAGACUCAGUUGUAGAAUCAUGAUUGUUGUAGUUAACCUAGAAAAUGCUGGAAAAGUUCUGAAUAGUUCUGUGUCUUUCUCGUCACACCCAUUUCAGCCUUUCCUCUGCUCUUUCUCUACUGCUCACUUAAGUUACUGUUACAAAAAGGUGCUGCUAAACGUAGGAUGUCUUAGUUAUUCUGUACUUUGGGACAAUGCCACAUUUUAACAUGGUCUGCUCUGCAUUCAUGUUAAACCUUCAACUGUCAGCUACACUGAACUGUUCAACAAGCCUGGUUUAAAGUCAUUCAUUCAUAGCAAACAAAUAAAGAGCUGGCUUCUGCACUGUCUACUAUUAGUCGUAUUAAGUGCCAUUUUAGGAGUGAUUCUUACAGCUCAAAGUAUGUUAAAUACUCACCUGCACUUCGCGUGUGGGGCACAUCAUCCUGGGGGGUGCUGCCCGUCACUGAUGGGCUGUGGUCAUCUCCCCACGACACCUGAAAAGUGACAGCUUCCGGCAGGUCAAAGGCCUCUGAAGGCCUGAGCACGGCAAAGCCAACUUUCUCCCACCUUCAUCCUAUAUGGUCUGCAAUUCUUGCCUCCGAUUUUGAACUGUACUUUUCCUUUCUAAAAUAAACUUGUCAUCAGAAUGGAUCUUCAGUUCCUCGCCCUUUGCUCAGUGACACAAUGCUGCUACUCCUGGAUAAUCUUACUAACACGUCAAGAGUCAUGCUGUUGGAGAAAACCGGCAAUCAGAGGGCUCUGGGUCAGUUGUUGAAUCGUGUUAUAUUUUUAACUAUUUGUACUUUACUGUUUAAAAUGUGAUACACGGUUUUGAAGUAAAAUGUACUCACUGUUGAAUUAAAAUGCUUCUGUUUCACAGAUACAACUAUGGUAACAUUAAAUAUGUUAAAAGAGAAUAUAUUCAUUCUCUUCCACAUUUCCCUGAUUUUUGUCCUUUUAUCAUAUUUUUUCUUAUAUGUCUGUGUUCCUUAAGAUUGAAUGUUUUAUUUUCCAAUUUGUUUUAUUUUUUGAAAGAAAAAAACCCACUGAAAAAUGUCUAUGUUAAAGAA